AUAGAAUACCCCAAAAAACGCGUUUGAAAGACACAUUUAUUAUUGUAGUCAAAGUCCAACCCAUACCCCACACACUAAAUUCAAACCAACGCUGCUUCGAAAUCCCUUUUCAUUUUGAUUUUGAUUCCAGUUCUUUUUAGAAAUCAAAACAAAACAAAGCAUCCUUACCUACUAUACAAUGCAAACAGCUCGUCAAAUCUAAUCUCUCUACACUCUCCCCUUCUUCACCUCACCUAAUCCAUCAUCAUCAUCGAAUUCUCCAUCUCUUCCUUCAAUGAAAGAUCAUUAUUCUUCCAUGGACGAAGACCCAUCAUCCAAAAACGACGCUUUGACCACUACUCUAAAGAAUUCAAUCCAAGCACUUGGUAGAGGCUUCGAUGUCACCUCCGACAUCAGACUUUUGUACUGCAAAGGCGCACCUGGGUCUCGUUUGAUUUACUUGGAUGAUCAAAAUACCAAGGAACUUGUUUUCUCAGAUGAUGGUUUUGUCUCGAUUCCUAAUGUUCCUGUAGAUGUUGAAUUUUCUAAAGGCGAAAGGACCACUGAAGCCACACCUGUUUGCAGCUUCUAUGAGAUGGCAAAAUACUUCAAUAUGAAAUCGAAUCUUGGUGGGGAUGUUCCUCUUGGAAGCUUUAAUGCCAUGUUCAAUUUUACUGGAUCAUGGCAACUUGAUGCAGCAUCAACUAAAUCACUUGCUAUGAUUGGAUACAUUGUUCCUUUAUUUGAAGUCCGUUUAGAAAUUACUGAUUUAGUUUUGCUUCAACAAGUCAAACGUGCUGUUCCUUAUUCAUGGGAUCCUGCAUCUUUAGCUAGCUUUAUUGAAAAUUAUGGCACACAUAUUGUGACCUCUGCAACAGUUGGGGGGAGAGAUGUAGUUUAUAUAAAGCAACAUCAAUCAUCUCCUUUGUCAUUAUCAGACAUUGAUAAUUAUGUGAAAGACAUUGGAGACCACAGAUUCUUUGAUUUAAAAGGCCAAUCCAGUUCUGGACCCUUAAAGUACAAGGACAAGGACGUAACGGUAAUUUUUAGAAGAAGAGGAGGUGAUGAUCUUGAACAGAGUCAUGCAAAAUGGGCAGAGACUGUAGAAACAGCACCAGAUGUUAUAAAUAUGACUUUUACUCCCAUUGUUUCUUUGCUUCAUGGAGUUCCUGGAAUAAAGUAUUUGACACGUGCCAUUGACUUAUACUUGGAAUACAAACCACCUAUAGAGGAUUUACAAUACUUUCUAGAGUUCCAAAUUCCUCGUGUUCUCGAGCAGGUAACCAUUGGACGCAAACCCGUAACAGGACUCCGACUAAGUUUAGAAGGAAACAAACAAAACCGAUUAGCAAUCCACAUACAACACUUAGUCUCCCUCCCCAAAAUCCUCCAACCACAUUGGGACACACACAUGGCUAUCGGUGCACCCAAAUGGCAAGGACCCGAAGAGCAAGAUAGCCGAUGGUUCGAGCCCAUCAAGUGGAAAAACUUCUCUCACGUAAGCACCGCACCCAUCGAACACACCGAGACCUACAUCGGGGAUCUUUCCGGGGUCCACAUAGUCACCGGUGCCCAAUUUGGCGUAUGGGAUUUCGGUGCUAGAAGUGUUUUACAUCUUAAACUUCUUUUUUCUAAAGUACCCGGGUGCACCAUUAGGCGAUCCGUGUGGGACCAUAGCCCGGCUAACCUUCAGAGACUUGGAGAAGAUAAGGGAGACAGUUCGAGCCAGUCUGGGAAAUUGGCUAAAAUUGUGGAUAUGACGGAGAUGUCCAAGGGCCCACAAGAUGUUCCGGGACAUUGUGUGGGCCAUGGGUCAGAGGCAGAGUCAGAGUCAGCUCAUGGGUUGCUGGAAGAAUAA